AUGCAAGUCAGCGUCACUGCAGCCAGCAACAGCUCAAAUGGAAGCACAGAAAGUCUGGAUUCCAGUCUUGGAACUUGGACAGAAAUAGUGAUCACUUUCACUCCAAGGCUGGAAGAAGAGGAUUGGGGAUCCUUUUACUAUUCUUUUAAGACAGAACAGCUUGCUACCUUGUGGGUCCUUUUUGUUGUGAUAGUUGUUGGGAAUGCAGUUGUUUUGGUCUCCACCUGGAAAAGGAAGAGAAAAUCCAGGAUGACUUUUUUUGUUACUCAACUAGCUAUAACAGAUUGUUUUACAGGACUUAUAAGUAUAAUGACUGAUAUAAUUUGGCGCUUCACUGGAGAUUUCAUGGCCCCUGAUCUUGUUUGCCGAAUUGUUCGGUAUCUGCAGGUUGUACUUUUGUAUGCCUCAACAUAUAUUUUAGUAUCACUAAGCAUAGACAGAUACCGUGCUAUUGUGUAUCCAAUGAAAUUUUUUCAAGGAGAAAGACAGGCAAAAAUUCUCAUUAUCAUUGCCUGGGGCCUCUCUUUCUUGUUUUCAAUUCCCAAUCUCAUCAUCUUUGGGAAACGUCAACUAUCCAAUGGAGAAGUACAGUGUUGGGCUGACUGGCCAGAUGAUUCUUACUGGAUUCCUUACAUGACCACAGUUGCCUUUCUGGUGUAUUUUAUUCCUCUGAUUAUUAUCAGUGUUAUUUAUUUCAUUGUGAUUCGGACAAUAUGGGUUAAGAGUAAAGCCCAUGCUGUAAUUGUAUCUAAUUGUUCUGAUGGUAAAUUCUGUGCAAGUUACAGCCAUCGAGGUCUUAUAUCAAAAGCAAAAAUCAAGGCUAUCAAAUACAGUGUCGUAGUUAUUCUUGCAUUCGUGGUCUGCUGGAGUCCUUAUUUUCUCUUUGAUAUUCUGGAUAACUUCAGCAUCCUUCCAGAAACUCAAGAACGCUUCUAUGCAGCAGUGAUUAUUCAGAAUCUGCCAGCUUUAAACAGCGCUGUCAACCCCAUUAUCUACUGCAUUUUCAGUGAUACCUUUUCCCAUGCUUUCAGGCAAAGAAGAUCAAGUAAUUUGGGGACUUUCAGAAACAGAACAGAAGGACUGGAAAUGCAGGUUGUAUCCAAACCAGAAUAUAUUUAGAGAUUAUAUAUGACCACAAAGAUAUAAUGAUUUUGAAAGCAAAAAUUUAGACCCUCAUAAAAUUAUGUAUUCUGGGGAGCAUAAAUUGGAAAAAUAAUUCACUUUUUGGCUAUCAUAAAUUCUAGCCAGAUGUCAACUCACAAUACAUUAAUUAGAAAAUGCAUAUUAUUAUAUAUGCAACAUAUUUCUGUGUAAAUAGCUUUUAUUCCUGUGUAAAAACUUUCUUUUUCAUAUUUUUAUCUAAUAUCAUUAACUGCCGCUGCUUUCCCCCAGGACGGAGCUCUCUGCUGCUGCUCACAUCCAGUGGUGAAGGUGGACUUUGGGAGGCAGCAGCAGGGCGUAGCCCAGGUGUGGCCCAGCAGCAGCAGCAAAGCUCGUCCUCCCCACUCAAGUGGCCACCAGCGGCUCCUCAGCUCCAUCCGAGUUGAAGAAAGUGGAGGCGCAGCAGCGGAUUGCUCUCAAUAAGGCGGGCGCACAUGAGGGACCAAUGCACCCAGCUCUUAUUGUUUGAGAGCAAUCCUGCUGCUGUACCUCCGCUUUCAACUUGGAGGGGGAGGGGGAGGAUUUUUGCUGCCAGACUCUUUAGCUUUUUAAAAGUUUACUUGAUGCAGAAUGCAUAUUCUUGCCUUUCUGCAUCAAGUUAAACAGUCUGGUAGCGAAAAUCCAAUAGCGGGGAAAAAAUCCCAAUCUCACGCACAUGGAAUCUGCACCUCCUACCUGGCCCUUCCCCCCGUGCCUUAGUCCGGCAGCUUGUGAAGGUCCAUUAGGCUGCCGCCACCACUCAGAGGCCUGGCCUGCCCAGCACAAAGGAGGCAAAAUGGUCAGCUAGCAAGCCCCCACAGAGGUGGUAGAGCACGCCCAUGCCCAGCAAGCCAAAGGCCACCCCAAGUGGGGAAAGCUGGAUCCCCAUUGGUGCCAUGGCUCUCCAGUCCCAGCCAGGAUUACAUGCCUCCUCCCCCCGUCUCUGUUGGGCCUGGGCAGCCAUGAUGCCAAUGGGGAUCUGGCUUUCUCCGCUUGGGGUGGCUUUUUGCCUGCUGGGCAUGGGCAUGCACCUCUACGCAGGGCUUGCUAGCUGGCUGCU